AUGGCUCUGCCAGUCAUAAAGACGCUCACUGAGUGCUCAUCCCUGCAGAAGAUGGUGCUUCCGUACCUGCCACAACUCUACGCCCUCCCCCAGCGGCUCCUACAAUCGUGGAACAACCCCGCAGAGCUACAGACCAUAUACCUCGCCACCAACCCUCUGAUAACUUCCUUGGCGUUCUCGCUGUUCCUUGCACCGGUGUUCCUCAUCGUCUCCGAAAUCAACAAAAACUACUCACAAGUCGAUCGCUGCUGGAGCAUUCUGCCUACAAUCUACAAUGCACACUAUUGCCUGUACGCCCAUCUCAAUGGUCUCGAGACCUCACGACUGGACCAUUUAGUUGCAUUUAGCACAGUGUGGAGUUUACGAUUAACCUUCAACUACUGGCGCAAGGGAGGAUACAAUAUUGGCUCAGAGGACUAUCGAUGGGAGGUCCUGCGAAAGUACCUAAAUCCCGCUUUCUUCUUCGUCUUCAAUGUCACCUUUAUAUCCCUCGCUCAAAGCAUCCUCCUCUUCCUAAUUACGACCCCGACAUAUGUUAUGGUAUUGGUGGCUCGUUUUGGAAAGGCAAUGUCAACAACCGAUGUCGUCUUUGCUAGAGCGUUAAUGGGACUGGUCCUUGUGGAGGUCUUUGCAGACCAACAGCAGUGGAAUUUCCAGGAAGCCAAGAGAGUCUACUUAAAGACUGCAAAGGUCCCCCACAAAUUUGAUCAAGAAGAUCUUGAUCGUGGAUUUGUGGUCACUGGCCUCUGGUCCUGGAGCCGACACCCCAAUUUUGCUGCAGAGCAGGCAAUCUGGGUUGUUCUAUACCAGUGGGGUUGCUGGACUUCAGAAGUACUUUACAACUGGACUUUCUUGGGAGCCAUGUCAUACCUCCUUCUUUUCCAGGCAUCGACCUGGUUCACAGAGCACAUCACUGCCGAAAAGUACACAGAUUACAAAGAGUACCAGAACAGGGUUGGAAAGUUUCUCCCAAAACUUGUAUCGGACCUUCCAGGAGAUUUCAGCGACCAAAAAGCCAAGCCAAAGAUAGAGAAGGCAGAGAAGAAGGAUGGAACAUUAAAGAAAAGCAUUAGAUAA